AUGCCUGAUGAUCAGGAUUCUUCUCUUAAUCCAAACUCUGCCUAUUAUCUCAGCAACAAUGAUCUUAAUACCUCGAAAUUGGUUAACAUAGUAUUUGAUGGCAAAUGCUUCAAUGACUGGAAAAGGUCUAUGGUGAUUGCUUUAUCUGCUAGGAACAAGUUGAGUUUUGUUGAUGGAACUAUGAAUCAGCCAGCUGUUGGAUCAGUAAACUUCAGAAUUUGGAACAGGUGUAACGAUUUGGUAAUAUCCUGGAUGCUAGGAUCUCUUGAGGUUUCAAUUGCAAGGAGUGUGCUAUACUUGAAAACUGCUAGAGAAAUCUGGUUGGAUCUUGAGGAAAGAUUUUUUUUUUUUACCAAGAUCAAGCUUCUUUGGGACCAGCUUGAUGGCCUUGAUCCACUUCCAUCAUGUGUUUGUACUGGUUGCAGCUGCACACUAACUCAAAAGCUUUUGAAAUCUCAACAAGAUCAGAGGUUAAUACAAUUUCUGAUGAAGUUGAAUCAGAAAUAUGAUCAUUCCAAGAGCACUAUUCUUAUGAUGUCUCCAUUGCCAACAAUUUCAAAGGCAUAUGGACUACUCCUGCAAGAAGAGCAGCAGAAAGAAGUCAACAGCAACAGAACUCAUAAUAUGGAAUCAACUGUGUUUACUGCAAGCAAGUUUACUGAUAAUAGACCAUAUAAAUCCACUUAUGCUUCUAACUCUGGUAAUUUUGGUGUUCAGAAUGCAAGCAGUGGAAAUCAGCAAAGGAAUUUUACUUAUUCUAGAAAUAAUCUGUACUGUGAGCAUUGCAAGAUGAAAAACCACACUGUUGACAAGUGUUGGAAACUACAUGGCUAUCCUAAAGAUUUCAAAGGCAGAGGAAAAAGAGUAGCAGCAGCAGCUCAGUUGGAAGAAUUCACUGAGAAAGAAAAUCAAGUUGAGUCAGACACAGGAGUGGUUCAUGCAACCUUCACAGAAGAACAAUACAAUCAGCUUUUAAGCUUUCUCAACACUCAGAAAACUGCUAAUCAAGCUGAACACUCAGGCUCCAGUUCACUUGGACUAGCAACUGCUACUCAGCUGAGAGGACCUUUCCAAGAACAAGCACAUUCUGCUUGGUAAGUUGGACAAAGGCCUAUAUUGCUUAAAUGAAGACUUACUAUCAGACAGAUCAAAGUCCAAUAACUAUGCUCUUUCAAGUACUUCAGCAAUUGAAGAAGCCAAACUGUGGCAUCUUAGGCUAGGACAUAUUUCUUUUGGCAAAAUAAAGAAUAUUAAAGGCAUUGAUGUCAAGGGUUGUUUAGCUGAGUGUUUCUGUCAAAUCUGUCCCUUAGCCAAACAGACAAGAUUUCCCUUCUCUGUAAGCAGUAUUAAGUCAGUACAACCUUUUGAUUUGUUGCACAUAGAUGUGUGGGGUCCCUACUCUGUAUAUGACUCUUCCAAAUGUAACCAAUUUCUUACAAUUGUAGAUGAUUACACCAGAAUGACUUGGACUCAUUUAAUGAGAAAUAAAACUGAUUCUGUUA